AGCUGACGCUAACGACGCUAACCAACCAGCCGGACUGACGGUUCUCCUCCUGCGGCAGAGACGGAUCUGACGGUCAGCCAGGAUGCCUUUCUCCGAGCUGUAUUUUAACGUGGAUAACGGCUACCUGGAGGGGUUGGUCCGAGGCUUUAAAGCUGGAAUACUGUCCCAGGCCGAUUAUUUAAACCUCGUUCAGUGCGAGACUCUGGAGGAUCUGAAGCUCCACCUGCAGAGCACAGACUAUGGCAGCUUCCUGGCAAAUGAGGCAUCUCCCCUCACUGUGUCCGUUAUUGAUGACAAGCUGAAGGAGAAGAUGGUGGUGGAGUUUCGGCACAUGAGGAACCAGUCGUACGAGCCUCUGGCCAGCUUCAUGGACUUCAUCACGUACAGCUACAUGAUCGAUAACGUCAUCCUGCUGAUCACGGGCACUCUGCACCAGCGGGCCAUCUCUGAGCUGGUGCCAAAGUGUCACCCUCUGGGCAGCUUUGAGCAGAUGGAGGCGGUCAACAUUGCCCAGACCCCUGCCGAACUGUACAACGCCAUCCUGGUGGACACACCCCUGGCUGCAUUUUUCCAGGACUGUAUAUCUGAACAGGACCUGGACGAGAUGAACAUUGAAAUCAUUCGUAACACACUCUACAAGGCUUAUCUGGAGGCUUUCUACAAGUUCUGCUCCAACCUUGGAGGAACCACAGCUGACACCAUGUGUCCUAUUCUGGAGUUCGAGGCAGACAGGAGAGCCUUCAUCAUCACCAUCAACUCAUUCGGCACAGAGCUGUCCAAAGAGGACCGUGCCAAGCUCUUCCCCCACUGCGGCAAGCUUUACCCAGAAGGUCUUGCUCAGCUGGCCCGGGCAGAUGACUACGAGCAGGUCAAGGCUGUUGCUGAUUUCUAUCCUGAGUACAAGCUGCUUUUUGAGGGUGCCGGCAGCAACCCAGGAGACAAAACACUGGAGGAUCGCUUCUUUGAGCAUGAGGUGAAGUUGAACAAACUAGCCUUCCUCAACCAGUUCCACUUCAGUGUUUUCUACGCCUAUGUCAAGCUGAAGGAGCAGGAGUGCAGGAACAUCGUCUGGAUUGCAGAGUGUAUCGCCCAGCGGCAUCGCGCCAAGAUUGACAACUACAUUCCUAUCUUUUAAGCAUACUCUUCCUCACCAUUCUCUUCUUCUCUUACUUCCCAUCAUCAUUUCAUUUGGUCUUGUGUCUUGAACAGUGUCUCCAGUCACAGCUUGGUGUGAAAGAUUCUGAUGGUUUAAUGCAAAAUUUUUUCCAUUCCUUACUCAUAGGUGUGAAUUGGUUCUCGACACCCGGGUUUCUUCUUGUAAUUGGAGUCGGGCUCAUUAUUGCUCACUUAGUAAAACACAUAAUGAACUUAAAUACAAAGCUUUUAGCAGAAGGCUCAUCACAUGAGCCUGGUCCAGCACAGGUGGUUGGUGCUUGUUUUAAGGAGCUCACAAGGGUAAAGGAGGCAACUCAUUUGACUUUCAAACACUUACAUCUGAUUGUGUAAUCUUACACUUGGUGUGUUGUUUCUGGCACCACGCUUGUCUGACGCUUCGGCUGGUAAAAAAAAAACACACAGAAGAACAAUUUGCAGUUUGCUAAGACAGAAAAUCAGCACAGCAGACACCAACCACAUCUCUACCUAUUUGAUAGUCAUAGAUGCAGAUUACUGUAAAAU